AUGGGUAAGUUCAUUGACACCUUCUUUUAUGUCAUUAAGUACAAAACUGGCAAAACGAAUGUGGUAGCUGAUGCCUUAUCACGUAGACAUUCCUUGCUUGUUGUGCUUGAUGCUAAGUUGUUAGGAUUUGAAAUGCUUAAGGACAUAUAUGCACAUGACACCGACUUCAGUGAUAUCUAUGCAUCUUGUAUGAAGAGCCCACAUGGGAAGUUACAUGAAGCCAUUAGGGCAAACAUUGAGAGGCAUACUCAGCAAUACAUCCAGCAAGCAAACAAGCACCGUUGUAAGAUGGUUUUCGAGCCUGGAGACUGGGUUUGGCUACACUUGAGAAAAGAGAGUUCCCCAAGCAGCGUCAAAGCAAGUUAUCCCCAAGAGGUGAUGAACCCUUUCGAGUGCUCCAACGAGUCAAUGACAAUGCUUCGAAACUGGAGCUACCUGGAGAAUACAAUGUUAGUACGACUUUCAAUGUCACGGAUUUGA